AUGUUGAGAGAUGCCAACAAUGAAAAACACCAAGUACGUACCAUAGCAACUGAUAAUACGAUAAAAACACUAAAAAACAUGUUGCAAAAUGUUGAAGACGAACCAGGAAAAAAGCAGAAAUCUCAAGUUCCAACAGUUUGCGUAGCAGAGAAUAGUCAGGCUGAGUCUCUGUAUAACUCAGAACAAGAGAUUGCUAAUUAUGGGCUCUGUACACCCAAAAGACAAAAUACAUUGCAUGCCAGGUAUCGUUCACCAGAACAACAGGAAAAAGAGGAGGAAAAGGAAGAUACGCACUAUGAAACUUCUGCAUUUAAUCCUUUUUUUGAAAAGCCUUCUGUGAAUGAAGACGAUUUCAAGGAGAAUAAGAAGGAAAACAUGUGGAAGUUGGAGACAAGUGGUAGAGUGGUAGAAGAGGAACUAUAUAAUCUUGGCCGUGGUCUGGAAUUUGAGCAUGGAGCCCACUCAUUUAUUGUGGGUGUGGAUGAUGAGUUAAUAAAACAGCAUUUUAGUGAAGCUGAACAUCUAGAAAUGGAGAAUGAAUGUGUUCCAGAAAUACCACAGCUGUCACAAGACAUUAUAGAUUAUCUUAUCAAAUUUAACGAUAAAGAGAUACGUAAAGCAAUUAAUGAACCAGAUGAAAGGUUUGAUAUGAAAUAUGAUCAAGAUGCUUACCACAAUCUAGAUUACAUUAGAUUUGCAUUAUACGCACUGGUUAGGGAAAUUGAGAAUGGAGGAUUAAAAGGCCAGAAUUUGGAGGCGUGGUACAACUGUCAUGUGUGGAAUGUCAUCAUUGAUCAAGGUUUUGCAGAUUUGAAGGAGACAUCUGUUGUUCGACGAAUUGGAAAUGGUGAACGUGAUGAAUAUGGUAUUGACGAAGCGGGAAAGUUGUGGUUUGACGAUCAUGGGACGAAAUUCCUGAAGGAAACAUGUAUUAAAUCACCAAAAUUUUUAAAGGAUAUGUUGUUAAAGCUCAUGAAAAAAGUAGGCAGGGAUAAAGAAUUGUGCAAGAAACUGCAAAUGGCUGUUGUUAGAGAAACCAUCAAGAUAGUUCAAUCCAAACCUACACGAUCAGAUGUACAGAUAUCUGAAAAUUUUGUACAAGCAGGCAUAAAGAAACGAUCUUGA